AUGGCAAAAAGAGUUUGUGUUGAUGGAGAAGACAGAAUAUCAGAAUUGCCUGUGCAUAUCAUUCAUCACAUCUUAUGCCGCACUGACCUCGACGUCGAAGAGGCGGCGAUAAGUUGUAUGUUGUCCAAGAGAUGGUACUAUUGCUGGACUUCAAGACCUAAUUUGAUAUUCAAUCAAUUUCAAGGCUACAAAUAUAGGCCCCUUGAAAACUAUGUCAAGUUGGUUGAUCAAUCUCUGCGAUCCCAUGUCGAAAAAAAUUUACAUCUUGAACAAUUCAUCCUUACAUAUAAUGGUCAAGAAGUGGAUCCUCACGUGGAUACUUGGAUUGAAUUGGCGGUUAAACUCAACGUCACAGAGCUGGGAAUUCACCGUUUCGGUUUAACAUCAUAUAACUUACCUGAUGUUAUUUAUGAUGCUAAAAAGCUGACAACAUUGCAGUUAAGCAGAUAUACAGAACCUACUGAACAGGGCAAUCUUCAUCCUUGCCAAAUUGCUAUUUUGGAUGGUUACAAUACUUUACAAACACUCAAGCUCACUGGUGCCACCAUCACAGACCAACAGUUUCGGGAUGUAUCCUAUAAGUUCCCAAACAUUUCAGAAUUGGAUCUAGCAAGAUGCUAUAAGCUGAAAAAUAUAGAGAUCCAGAGUGAAAAACUCAAGAAAUUCACCUUAUUAGAAGAGUUGAACAGUCUGGAAAAAAUCACGAUUCAAGCUCCAAAUUUAUUGAAAUUUGAUUUUCAUGGUAGUAAAAUGCCCUUCACAUAUAUGGAUACUUCUUCCCUAGAAAGUGCCCGGCUCAAUUUCUUCUUGCCUGGCACAAACUUUGGAUCAGUGGACAGCAGUUGGUAA